AUGAAUACCAUCCUCCUCCAGAAUUUCUUCCUCCACCUCGAUUUUGUACAGUUCAACGACUUCGUUCUCCAAGAUUUCUUCCUCCACCUCGAUUUUCUACAAUUUGGGGCUCCUUCUAGAUUUGCUGCUCCUGAUGGAUUUAAUUCCACUGUUAACUUUCAAUCACCUGCUCCUCCUAGAUUUGAAGCUCCGGAACCAAUGAAUUUGUUACUUGAAUAUCAAACAGGAAAUACUGCAACAACAGAAACAACGUCAGACACAACUUCUGGAAAAACAUCAGAAACGAUGUCAGACACAACGUCUGGAAGCAACACAUCAAGUUUAAAAACUAAAUUUGAUAACUUAACAGAGGAUGAAAUAAGAGGAUCAUUGACUGGAUAUGAAGCACAAACCCUUGAUGAAAUAUUUUCUCUUUAUCAAAGACAUUCAGUGUCAGAAAGAAAAAUUGAUGAAGAUAAGGCACAAGUAAUUGAAGGGCUUGCUUUAUCAGGAAUACAACCAGCAGAUUCAUACAGAUAUAUGUGUAAUGAAUCCGGUGACCCGAAAGUGCUUGGCCACACAUUAAUUGACCACAUGAAUUUUUCAAGUAGAUUGAAGAUGAAAACAAUAGAAGGAAAAGAUUCACAAGCAGUGGUGAAUAUGUUAAUUCGCAGAGGAGAAGAAGAACCGGAUUUUUUUUAUCGUGUUAAGUUGAAUGAGAAAAAUCAAGUUAUAGGCAUAUAUUUGAGAGAUGGAAUGAUGAAAGAAGAUUAUGAUAUAUAUGGAGACGUGUGUGUGUUUGACACGACCUUCAGAACAAACAAAUACAACUUAGUUUGUGCACCGUUUGUAGGCGUCAACAACCACUGGAGUAAUGUGAUGUUUGGAUGUGCCUUUAUUGCUGAUGAAAAAACAGACACUUUUGUGUGGCUAUUGGAAGUAUUUCUAGAGUCUAUGGGAGAAAAAGCACCAUUAACUAUCUUCACUGAUCAAGAUCAGGCAAUGGCAAAUGCUAUUGAACAAGUAUUUCCUCAUACUAGACAUAGAUUAUGCUUAUGGCACCUACAAAAAAUUGUUGUGUCAAGGUUUGGAGAUUUAAAGGCUGACACGACAUUCAAGGACACUUUUAAAAAGUGUUUAUAUGGCUGCUUCAAUGAAGAACAAUUUGAAACAACAUGGUUUGAAAUGAUUCAAACGUAUGGGCUUCAAAAUCACGAAUGGUUUACAAAUUUGUACACCAUAAAGGAAAAGUGGUGUACAGCUUUAAACAAAGAUUUUUUUUCAGCUGGUAUUUUGUCUUCACAAAGGAGUGAGAGCACAAACAAUGCCAUUGGAUUUAAAGGGAACAAAUCAACUACCCUAACAGAAUUCUUCCAUAUAUUUGGGGCAACAGUAGAUCGGUGGAGGUAUCAAGAAGAUCAGAAUGAGUUUAAAUGCGGAAAUUCAAUGCCUAAAUCAGAUUUUCCAAUGGUUGGAAUGAUUAAACACGCGGCAAGUGUUUAUACGCUCACCUUGUUUCGAGAUUUUGAAAAAGAAUUCAAGUAUGCAAUGGGUUGCAUAUCAACUAUUCAUCACAUGGAGGACAGUUUCAUUGGUUAUAAAGUACAACACGAAUCAUGGCCAGACCACACUGCAAAACAUGUAGCAUUUGAUCCAUCAACCAAUUCAAUUGCUUGCAAUUGUAGAAAUUUUGAAGAAUCAGGAUGGCUAUGUUUUCAUGCAAUUCGAGUUCUACAUGUACAUUCUAUAAUCAAUAUCCCAGAGAAAUAUAUUUGCAAAAGAUGGACAAAGUUUGCAAAAAGUGAAGUAUGGAAGAGAGUGGAACAAAGAGAAGAUAAUGGUAUUGAAAAAAGAAAAAUCACUCCAUGGCGUUACGAGAUGGCAAGAAAUUUUUACAAUUUGGUUCUUAAAUGUCAGGACAGUGACGAGGCAAAAAAGGUUCUGAGAGCUGCUUAUGCAAGUGCUAGUGACAACAUAAAUAAAGUGCUAGAAGCAGAAAAGGCAGCAAAAAAAGAUGCAGCUCAAAAAGAAGCAGAGGAUGUGGCACCUACUUCAUCAUCAUCAUCAUCAUCAAAUGCACUUCUAGAAUAUCCUGGUCAAUUUCCACAAAUAACAGUUCAGAAUCCACCACAAAUAAAGACAAAAGGAAGAAGUAAAAGAAAAAAGGGACACUUUGAGGUCAGAGAAUCAUCAACAGCAGCUAAAGAAUUCGGAACAUUUCCAACAAAACCACAACUAUUUUAA